AUGUCAAGCAGCUCCAAACAGACGAGUCAUAACAACCCGCAGAAAUGCCAACCAGAAGCUAGCAGGCGAAAGAUAGUCCGGCAACCCAACAUCCGUCCAAGAGCAUCAAGCGCCCUUUUGGAGCUCCCAACAGAGAUCAUACAGUAUAUCGCAUAUCUCCUUCCCGAUGAUGCUGAUAUAGCCAGUCUCACGUUAUCCAGCAUCCGUCUGGCCAAGAAAAUUCUACCAGCUCACUCGUCUGUCUGGCGCCAACGAUUCAAGGACCUUUAUGGUCUAGCCCAAGAACACUCCUCGGCAGAGCUCAAGAUCGAGUAUCAGAUUCGGUCAAUCGUGCUAUCUCAAGAGAUCAGCUUCAAUUUCGGCCAGAAUGACGAGCAGACAUUGUGGCUGGAGGUGCUGAGGGACAUGCUUCUCGAGACAUUUGCCAAUUCCCCAAAGGACAGUAAGGCUGCUUUGAAGACUCUUGGUCAAAUUCGUAAGACGCUCAUCCAUUCGGAGUUCCUCAGUCGGCCUCUAAGCGGUUAUAACAAUGCGAAACCCGAUCCACCUUCUGAUCUCUUUUGCAGUGUUCAGCUUUGUCUCACUCAUCUCGCUUUGGAUCCGUCAAUGUCCGCCUGCUGCCUUCGCAGUGAUUAUGACAUCGGUACCGUCUACUCUUAUCAGACCGACAUCGCCGAGCCUUUCGUGAGUCUGGAGAAGCCAGACCUUGGGAAGAUAUUGGAUAUUCGCAACUUUUGGCUUCGCCAUUUCCUGAAUCCCAAUGAAGUAUCUUUCCACAAUUCUUAUGUAAAGUUGCCCCGGGGCCAGCAACCGGGACCAUCGAAGAUUCUUGUCGACGGCAGUCCUAGUCUUAGCACUCACUGGCUGGGUUAUUAUUACACUCUGAGUAUCCUGGAACGUCGUCAAACAUGUGCGGACCUAGAAACACAUUUACCACAAAUCGACCCUAUGUUCCUGCAAAUCAAGAUGGAUCCCGACCCCUCGAAUUGGCCAAUGUUGUUUGAGACUGUCAUUCCCCUUAUGGGAACGCAAGAGCGUCGUUUGUACUUUCGCGGAAUUCAACAGCAGCACGGAUCUGAUGACAACUCUAUAUAUCUGGUGCGCGGCUUUGUGGAAUCUAUUGUCGAACCGCAGGGCGGCUUUCCUGGUUGGCGUCGUUUCUGUUUUGCCAUUUAUGAUCCUGAUAGAGAACAACUUCCCCUUCUCUCGGAGGAAGAUGAAACAACAGGCAAGCAGGAUCAAGAAAUGUGUCUUCCUGAGGAGGUUUGGCCACCCUAUGAUCUGGAAAUGGAAUUCAAUUGGAUCCACGGGUAUGAGGGCCUGAUCCUUCCCAGCGGCACGCUCAUGAUCGGACGAUGGAUUGAUAUGGUGGAUACCGAUGCUCGAGGGCCCUUCAUUUUCUGGACCAUAUAA